AUGACAAAUAACACAACUAUUUUUCAAACUAUUUUCAAUAUAACAUCACCUUUAUUGGUGGAAAAUUCCUCCUCUAACUUCACAAUUGAUGAUCAUGAACACAGUUAUGGGCCAGAAGUUCCUAAAUUAGCUAAAGAUAUUUUAAUUAUCCUGACAGUCAUAAUAAUAAUGAUGUCAAUGGGUGCUGACAUUUGUUGGGGUCAGAUUUGGAACCAUGUACGAAGACCAAUCGCAGUAUUGAUUGGAAUAUUUUGUCAAUUUAUAGUUAUGCCUUUAUCAGGGUAUACCUAUAAACACAUCUUUCAACUGGAAGCGGAAGUAGCAACCGGAUUACUUAUUAUAUCAUGUACUCCUGGUGGAAUUCUAUCAAAUAUUUUCACUUAUUACUUAAAUGGUGAUGUAUCUUUGAGUGUCAGCAUGACUACAAUAUCUACUGUUUUAGCAUUAGGAAUGAUGCCUUUGAACGUCUGGUUAUACUCAGGUCAGAUAGCAAAUCAGUUAGUUAUACCUUUUGGCAAUAUGGCAUUGUCAUUAGUGAUGAUAACUUCUCCCGCUCUUGUGGGUAUGAUCAUACGAUGGAAAUUUCCACGUGCAUCUGUUUACAUCACAAAAUGGGGUAGCGCUCUUGGUUUAGGCAUCUUUCUUCUAUCAUUUGUAUUAGAAUUAAUUUCGUUUCAACGGAUAAUUCAUGAACUUACUUUCAUACUAAUUCUUACGACAGUUCUUAUGCCCUUAACUGGUGUUGUAAUGGGAUAUUUUUUAAGUUUUUUGUGUAGAAGAAACCGUGCCAUCUGCACCACUAUCGCAAUUGAAAGUGGAAUUCAAAACGUACCAGUGGCAAUUAGUGUCAUUUCAUUGUCUUUCGAUACAGUAAAAAAUAUCAGUCUUGUUUUAGUCCCUUGGUUCUAUCUAGUGUCUCAAGUUGCUAUAUGUGGUGCCUUAUGUUUAUUUUAUCAUAUUAUAGUACCGACUUUCAAACAGUAAGUGAUAUCAGAUUAGAGUGAAAAAAAGAUAAAUAAAGUUAAUUUUUAAAAUAUAUUCUAGGAAAUAUAGUCCAAUGAUACCAUUCAUCUUCGUUCGAAAAACAGAACAUACAAGACCAGAAUCAAGAGAAAAAACUACUGCUUAAUAACGUCAGGAAAUUUAAAGUAUACAAACUAUUCUAUAAGUCUUAUUGUUUGUUACGAAGAAAUUUUAAGCUUUCCCUUCAAAAUUCCAACUACU